UCGGAUUUAUUCUCAAGCAAAUGACUAUGACUAAAGCCUGUAAAUCUUGUACAUAAUCCUGUAAAUAAUAAGUUCUUCAAGCAAUUUGUACUGUGUUUGUCGCCAAUAGUUUACCGAGUGGCAUUUUUAAAUGAUCCCUGUCUAUUUUUUCCGAUUUUUUGCAUUACUUUGAGCCAGUGCAAUUAUCGAAUCCAAACUAACAUGUGACUCGGACACAUUAAUAGCAUGGACAGCACUGGGAUACUAGCAAUUCUGUCGCCGUUUCUAUUUCAAUGAAAAUCAUUCUGCUCUCUAUACCAUAGUUCUUGUUUUAGAGGGCGUUUCGGCUUAUCAGUGCAUGAUUGUUUGGGUUGCCAUUUCCAAAUAUUGUUAAAUAUACACAUAAAAGAAUUUCUAAAAUUGUGAGUGCUUUUUGUACGAAAACAUUUAAUUUUUUUAUUUAUGUCGAAGGAUCCCUGUAAGAGAUUUGCGUGUGAGAUCCAGAGGUGUCUUGUUGAGAACGGCUACCAGGAAGUCCGCUGCGAUAAGGUGUUCGAAGUGAUGCGACAGUGCUGUAUCAAGCACAAACCUAGGUCAUUAGUCUGCGAAGGUUACGAUCUGGAACCUAGACAGUUCGCGCCUGUGACCGACAGGCCACAUAUUAAGUGACCAGGUAUAUUAUGGAUAAUCAGCGUCGUCGUAGCACAACCCUAGGCCAGAGAAGUUGGAUUUAUAAGUAUCCGAAGACCUUUCAGAUAACUUUUACUGCCUUUGCCCUCGGAAUAUUCUUCUCGAAGCCGAUCUACGAUAUCUUCAUAAGGCCUCGCGAUACGAUCGACCUCUCCGAGCCCCCGACGACUUUCCUUUAUAAAGAACUCGAGACACAGGCCGAGAACUAACUGAUAUGGAAUCAGUUGCAAAAGCAAGGGACCGACUCGCGAAAUAUCCCCUCUUAUACGCGAAGUGCUCGAAACAGGGCGCUUUGUACGCCCACUGCGUGCUAAUCAAAGAAAGUUCCGUGAAGAAAGACGAUUGCGCAAAAGAAUUCGCCGAUUUCAAGAAGUGUUUACAGUCGGCAGCGAAAGAUUCGAAAAUUAGGAUUUGAAAUAGAAAAAAAAAUGGAUCGCGUAUCGAAAUUUAUCGAUCUAUCAUUCGGGAACCACAUUUGUAUCGGUCUGACCGUGAGAUUGGUGUUCAUAUUAUACGGGAAUAUACACGAUAGGUUUUCCGUAGUACCAUACACUGAUGUUGAUUACAAAGUUUUCACGGACGCUGCGAGACAUUUGGUGGAGGGUAACUCGCCCUAUCUCCGGCACACUUACAGAUACAGCCCUUUGAUCGCGUAUCUAAUGAUACCUAACAUUAUUGUCGGGAGAGAAUUCGGAAAAAUCCUUUUUUCCGUUUUCGAUAUAUUUCUGGCGGCUGCCGUCAAAUCUCUGGUCGAACGGCAAUUGGGCGUCGCGAAAUAUGCUUCCGUCACAGCUAAAUACUGUGCCUUAUCUUGGCUCUACAAUCCUCUAAGUAUAGGCAUCUCGACUCGAGGCAAUGCCGAUUCAUUCCCGUGUUUCUUGAUCGUCCUAUCGAUAUACUUCCUUCAGUCGAACGUAUUUAAAAAUUCUAUAACCAACAUCGUCCUAUCAGGCUUCUUUUUAGGUUCCGCAAUACAUCUACGCUUGUACCCGUUAGCCUUCACUUUCCCUAUGUAUCUAUCUUUAGGAAAAUAUAAGAUAAAUCGUAAUACCCCAAUCAAAGAGGGUCUAGUUUCAUUGCUACCCAACAAGAACCAAAUGAUUUUAGCCUUUAGCUGCGUUACAAGUCUUUUAUUUAUAACGUACGCUAUGUACUUGAGAUACGGUUACGAAUUCUUAUUCGAAACAUAUAUUUAUCAUCUCCUCAGGAAAGACACUAGGCACAAUUUCUCUAUACUAUUCUACUAUACGUAUUUAACGAAAGAUCAGAUGUCAUUUGAUAUUGUCAAAAUAUUGGCACAGGUUUCCAAGUGCGUUCUACUUUUCCUGCUGAGUCUGAAUUACGGUUGUGACCCAAAAACAUUACCGUUCGCAAUGUUCGCGCAAGCCGUCGUGCUGGUCGCUUAUAACAGCGUCAUGACAUCACAGUACUUUAUUUGGUUCCUCUCGUUAUUACCAUUGGUAUUAAAAGACUUCAAAAUGGAACCAGGUAAAAUUGUUUACUUGGUUUUCCUCUGGAUAGCGACUCAAUGUGCUUGGUUGUUUUUCGCGUACCAAUUAGAGUUCAAAUGCAGGCAGGUUUUCAUGUUGAUCUGGUGUCAGAGCGUUAUGUUCUAUGGCAGUAAUGUUUUUAUACUGACGCAGCUUAUAAAGUACUACCGCCCCGGCUACGCAUUCGGGAUAAACGAAUCUGGCAAAGGAAUAAAAGAGAAAUGAAUUGUUUUUUUUUUUUUUCGUUUAUUGUUUUGAGAAUCAUGACCUACACUAAUUUUGUUAAAAGCUUAAUUCUAUCAAAUUGAUAGCCUUUCGAAUUUUAAAAAACUUAGUGUAAGUACAUACCGUUUUAGUAGAUUCAUAGUUUGUUUUGUCUUGUAGAUAGGUUUGUUUUUUUUUUGUUUUAAAUAAAACACGUUUGUUGCAUUUA